UCGCUCCUCAUCCUGUCCCCAUGCUUCCUCCCUCUUAAAUAGCUUCGUGAUUGGAGGCCAUUCUCCUUCACAUCGACACCGACACCGACACCGACCCACACGAACAUAGGCAUCUCGCAGACUUCCUCUGCAGGAACUCCGUACUCUGAUGGCUUCUCCCGCCGCGGUAGAGAACUUGCCUCCUCCGUUGAACUCCAGCGCCGAGCAACCUCCUCUUUUCGAUGGAACAACGAAGUUGUACACCUGUUACACAUGCCCAUUUGCUCAGCGCGUCUGGAUCACGAGGAACUAUAAGGGACUGCAGGACAAGAUUAAAUUAGUUCCACUCAAUCUUCAGGACAGGCCUGCUUGGUACAAGGAGAAAGUCUACCCCAUGAAUAAGGUCCCAGCAUUGGAGCACAACGGGAAAAUCAUUGGAGAGAGCCUAGACCUUGUCAAAUACGUGGACAGCAACUUUGAAGGGCCUUCUCUUUUCCCUGAGGAUCCUGAGAAGAAGAAGUUUGGUAAAGAACUGUGGUCUUAUAUUGAUGAAUUCAUCAAGAUAGUCUUCACUUCAUUCAAGGGAGAAGGACCAAAAGAAUGUGGUCCUGCUUUCGAUCAUUUGGAGAGUGCUCUUGGCAAAUUUGAGGAUGGACCAUUCUUUCUCGGCCAAUUCAGUGGGGUGGAUAUUGCCUACAUCCCAUUUGUUGAAAGAUUCCAAAUCUUCUUAUCUGAAGCAUUUAAGUAUGACAUCACUGCUGGCAGACCUAAGCUAGCAGCAUGGAUUGAGGAAAUGAACAAGAUCGAUGCUUACAAGCAGACAAAGACUGAUCCUAAAGAACUUGUUGAAUUCUACAAUAAGCGCUUCACUGCUCAGCAGUAAAUGGAGUCACGACCACGCUAGUGUCACGGCCCGAAAGAAGACCGAUCCAAGAGGUUCCCAAGGGACGGCCGUGACUCAUCCGUGGAGGACCUCCUGCUUUCACUCGGAUUCCCAUCAAGUCUUCUCCCCGAAGUUUCCAAGGGCGGGUGACACCGUCAUUUUGCCUGAUUCCAAAAGACUAUCUUUAUUUAUGUCGGUAGCUAGUAGUUAGCAUUUAUGUCGGUAGUUGAGGCGGUGCGAUCUCAUCCGUCGGUUAAAUUCUAGAUUAACGGAUGUAAUCCGAAGACCUUGAGUAUAAGAAGGGCGCCCUCUCCCUCAUUUGUAACCAUCCAACUAUUUGAGCAAUACAAAGCUCUUUUCUUUCCA